UUCCCCCCAGCGCUGGUAGCUGAGUGACUCGGAGCAGGCUCCUGCCUCCCCACAGCCCGGUAUGGGGCAGCGUGCGGGCGGCUGAUGGCCUCGGGGGACGAGCUCUCCGGGUUGCUUUUCUGUGAGAGGGAAAUUAUGGGUUCUGAAGAGAAUAACAAUGAAUUGUAUAAAAUAACCACUUCUCAGCAAGCAAUUGCCUCUUGUUGUGGAGCUAUUGUUACAUCACUCUUGGUGACACCUCUUGAUGUUGUCAAAAUUCGACUGCAAGCCCAAAGCAAUUCAUUCGCUAAUGGAAAAUGUUUUGUAUACUCCAAUGGCCUUAUGGAUCAUGUAUAUGUCUGUGAGGAUGGGAAAAGCAAAGCCUGGUAUAAGAAACCUGGCCAUUUCAGAGGGAUGUUGGAUGCGUUUGUGAAAAUUAUUAAACUAGAGGGUAUUAAAUCACUGUGGAGUGGACUUCCUCCAACGUUAAUAAUGGCAGUUCCAAGUACAGUAAUUUAUUUUACCAGCUACGAUCAACUGAGUGAAGUUUUGAUAUCUAAACUAGGAAAAGACAGUGACUACAUUCCAGUUCUUGCAGGCUCCAUAAGUAGAUUGGGUUCAUUAACUGUAGUAAGUCCACUGGAGUUGAUCAGAACUAAAAUGCAGUCCCGCCAAUUAUCUUACAAACAACUGCGUAUAUGCAUCAAUAAUACAUUGGCCAAAGAUGGUUGGCUUUCACUCUGGAGGGGCUGGGGUCCCACUGCUCUGAGAGAUGUACCUUUCUCAGCAAUGUACUGGUAUCACUAUGAAUGCAUCAAGAAGCGGUUGUGCAAGACGUUUGAUGUACAUGAACCAACAUUUUUGAUCAGCUUUACUUCAGGGGCAGGAGCUGGCUCUAUUGCAGCUACAGUAACUUUACCUUUUGAUGUGGUGAAAACACACAAACAAACUGAAAUUUGGGAAUAUGAGACCUUAAACUUAUCACAGAAGAAGUCCACAUCAACAUGGACAGUAAUGAAGACAAUUGUUGCUGAGCAUGGGUUUACUGGAUUAUUUGCUGGUAUUGUUCCACGGUUGAUUAAAGUUGCUCCUGCUUGUGCCAUAAUGAUCAGCACCUAUGAAUUUGGGAAGUCCUUCUUUCGUAAAUUAAACAAACAAAAAAUAUACAAAGCUAUUAAUUCUCACUCAAGCUGAGAUUGCAACGAUAGUCAAGGUAUCUGGUCAAGGUUGUGCCAACUUUGACUGUUGACUAGAAUUAAACUAUUCCAGACCAGGUAAAAUUCAUCCAUGACGUUUGCUAACCAGAUGCAGCUCCCUUUACUUAGCGCUUCCUUCAGGCUGCUUAUGCACCUUUAUUUCUGAAUUCAAAGAAGUGUAAGAGUGCUAUGUGCUGUGUAUAUUCCUAGAACCAGUGUUUAAAAUUUCAUGUGAAUUCUCUCUUUAAAGACCAUGCUUCUAGAGAGCUAAGGAAGUAAAUUGAUAGUUUUAUAAUCAUCUUCAGAAAUGGGUAAAAAACACUUUUGAGAUUG